CGACAUUCUCACUUCUAUGAGAGACAUUAAACUGCCAGUUGUCCGCUACAGGUUCGGCAGGACUCCAGCCUCGCCUCUUUUCCAUCGACUUGUCCCUUGUUAUCAUGCGUCCACACCCGUAGCUUUCCGACAUCUGACGAGUGGAAGUACCGCAAUCAAGCGGAAGCACCGACUCCAAGCCAAUCGCAAGACGCUUUUCCAGGAUUCGGAUGGAUGAGUCUGCCUCAGCUUGUAGCCAUUCCGACCGGUACGAACAAAUAUAUGAUACAGGGGAUCUCAUUCUCCUUCUUGGUCCACACCAAGCGCCAUUGAAGGUGCAGUCAAGAUGCCUUCGAACGGCAUCGAAGCCCAAGCCGGUCGACUUGAGCGACGACGAUUUCGGUGCAAUGCACACUGUCUGCUGUGUGAUCCAUCAUCGAAACGACCUAUUGACGCCAACUCUCGAUCCUGCAGACCUUCUCCGAGUUGCCAUCGUGGUUGACAAGUACGACCUCAGCGUAGCUAUGAAGUUCGCCCUCGCGCAAUGGCUCAAGCUUCGAGACGACAUGGACAUGAUACAGCUCGGGUUCAUGCUGGCAGCUGCAUAUCGACUUCGCCAUGAAGAAUUAUUCGAGGAAACCACGUUAGCUCUGAUCAUACGUUGUGAUGCUUCUUAUUGGUGUCUUCCUGGGCAUGAAAUAAUCAACGAAGUCUUCAACAUAAAGACACCUGGAAAAGUACUUUACGUACUUGAGGAGAGACGAAACCGCAUGCGAGCAGAUAUUUUGCGCCUUCUUGGAUCAUCAGGGCCAAAGUGUUCUUGUGGUUGGGGCAAGGUGCAUGCACAGGGUCGUGAAAAGCGUAAGGCAAGGUAUGGACCGCUUGACUUAUUGAAAACGCCGUUGAGUCAGAUCAUCGACAGACUUGAAAGGAUCCCACUCGGGGAAUGGAGACCCGGCAGGCGAGAUAGACAUCAUGAAGAGGGCUGCAGCAGUGUCUCUGGAGCAUAUAUAGUGGUGGACUUAAACAAGCUGAUACUUCUUGCAUGAAGGAUGAAAGCAUUAGUCUCGUUCAUUCGCGUAGCAGAAUGCUUACUUUUGACAUUGCUCCAGACCGUGACCGGUAUUUUGCACAUCAC